CCUAUCCGCCGUUUCUGAUGAAUAAAACGUCACUCUUCGUUCCGAAGGUCUGCAAGAAGAGAAAUAAGAAAGUUCGCCGGCUAGCAAUGCCGCCACGCUCCGUCGCCUUUCUUUUCCUUGUUCUCCUCCGGCUUUUUGUCGUGGUAGUCGCCGCACAGCAGCCGGGGAGUAUGGCUGCUAGGCAGACAGAGAUCGACGCGCUUACGGCAUUCCGACUCAACCUUCAAGAUCCACUUGGUGUGCUCUCCGGCUGGGACGGCUCUGCUGACUCCGCACCGUGCGCUUGGCGGGGUAUAACAUGCUCGCCGGUCGACGGCGGCCCUGUCGUUGAAGUUCGGCUCCCGCGGCUCCGUCUCUCGGGCCCCAUCUCGGACCGUCUUGCUGACCUGCGCUUUCUCCGCAAGCUUAGCUUACCCUCUAACCUCUUUACUGGAACCAUCCCUUCUUCGCUAUCCAAACUUUCGGACCUCCGAACCCUUUUUCUUCAAUACAACUCACUCAAUGGUCCUCUUCCUCCCGCUCUCCUUUCCAACCUUACUAAACUCCAGAUACUGAAUGCCGCGGGAAACCGCCUCUCUGGCGUCGUUCCCGUCGUUUUCCUCCCAAACCUCCGCUACCUUGAUCUCUCGUCCAACUCUUUUUCAGGCCAAAUCCCGACUAACUUGUCAUCAAUGGCUCCGCGGGUCCAGCUUCUCAACCUCUCCUUCAAUCGCUUACGAGGCACCAUUCCGGGAGACCUUGGGCGGCUCCAGAUGCUCCUUUAUCUUUGGCUCGACUGGAACGAGCUCGAGGGGACGAUUCCGGCGGUUCUGGCCAACUGCUCUUCUUUGCUUCACCUCAGUCUACAAGGGAACAAGCUCCAAGGUAUCGUUCCGUCCGCCGUCGGCGAAAUCCCUACACUUCAGGUUCUUUCGCUCUCCCAUAACCGGCUUUCCGGACCGAUCCCUUCUUCCAUUUUCUACAACGCCUCCGCCGCGCACCCGCCGAUGCUGCGGAUCGUGCAGCUAGGGUACAAUGCGCUAUCCUAUUUGCCCAAUCCGCCGGAGGACCUAGCUCGGGCAGCGUUCACUUCCAGUGUUCUCCAAGUGUUCGAUGUGAAGGAGAAUCAGGUCGCCGGCCCGUUCCCAGUGUGGCUGUCCAACAUCUCAAAGUUGACGGUUCUGGAUCUCUCCAGGAACUCGUUUUCUGGUGAUCUCCCGCCGGAAAUGGGUAGAUUACUCUCGUUGCAGGAGCUGCGUCUUGGGAUGAACUCGAUGAGUGGAAACAUUCCCACGGAGAUAGGAAUGUGCAGCUCACUACAUGUUCUCGAACUCGAGCAUAACCGAUUCUCUGGUUUAAUACCGUCGGCUUUUGGUGAUCUUCGAGAGAUGAGAACGCUUCUUCUUGGUGGAAACCUGUUCUCUGGUUCGAUACCGUCUAGUUUGGGCGGCCUAUCACAUCUCGACACUCUCUCAUUAUGGCAGAACAAACUUGGUGGAAGCAUACCGGAAGAGAUAUUGAGGUUGAGCAACCUUACGUCCAUGGACCUUUCCGGCAAUAGAUUCUCUGGCGAGAUUCCGGCCAGUAUCGGGAAUCUAGAGGGAUUGCAAAGCCUGAACUUAAGCAACAAUUUUUUCUCAGGAAGCAUACCGUCGACCAUUGGAAAGCUUGGAAGGCUUAAAUCACUAGACCUCAGUGGACAGGGAAACCUCUCCGGCGACCUUCCAGCGGAGCUCUUCGGGAUGCCGAACCUUCAAGUGAUCUCGCUUGCCGAAAACUCGUUCUCUGGUGAGUUUCCUGAAGGUUUCACCAGCUUAUGGAGCCUGCAGCGUCUCAAUCUGACGUCCAACUCGUUCAAAGGAGGCAUCCCUCCCACCUACGGCUAUCUGCAGUCCCUGCAAGUUCUCUCCAUCUCCAAAAAUAAUCUCUCUGGCCAGAUUCCAGCGGAGCUUGGCAACUGCUCUAACCUCACCACCAUCCAGCUCCAGGAAAACCACCUCUCAGGCAGCAUUCCCCCGGAUCUCUCGCGGCUUUCCAACUUAGAAGAACUCGACCUCAGCGAAAAUUUCCUUUCUGGAGGAAUGCCUACGGAGAUUUCGCAAUGUUCGUCGCUGUCCACUCUCCUCCUAGACAAAAACAAUCUCUCCGGAAGCAUCCCGGAGACCCUCUCGAAUUUGUCCAAGCUGCAAAGGCUCGAUCUCUCCUCAAACAACUUUAGCGGCACUAUUCCUGCCAGCCUUGCAGUUCUGAACAGAUUGAACUACUUCAAUGUAUCAUCCAACAAUUUGGAGGGCGAGAUACCGCCAAUGUUGUCCUCACGAUUCGAGAAUGCCUCUCUGUUCGACGGAAAUCCUGCCCUUUGCGGCCAACCGUUGGCCAAUAACUGCGGCGGAAAAAAGAGGUGGACGCGAUCGAUCCUCUUCAUCUCCCUCGCCGCAGCAUUGGCGGUCAUCACCCUCACAACAGUCUAUUGCUGCUGCGUCUGCUUUGUAAUCCGAUGGCGGCAGCGGUUUCUUGAGAGGCGUGACGGGCCGAAGAAGCGUAGCCCAGGCCGAGGGAGCGGGUCGAGCUCCGGCAGCGCUGGCGAGAACGGUGGGCCAAAGCUGAUCAUGUUCCAGAACAAGAUCACGUACGCUGAGACAUUGGAGGCGACCAGGCAGUUUGACGAGGAAAACGUGUUGAGCCGCGGGCGCCACGGGCUUGUCUUCAAGGCCUGCUACAGCGACGGCACGGUGCUAUCGAUCCUCCGGCUGCCGUCAACCUCCGCCGACGGGGCGGUGGUGGUGGAGGAAGGCUUUUUCCGUAAGGAAGCGGAAUCGCUUGGGAAGGUAAAGCACAGGAACCUGACCGUGCUCCGUGGUUACUACGCUGGCCCGCCGCCGGACGUCCGACUGUUGAUCUACGAUUACAUGCCGAACGGUAACCUUGCGACACUGCUCCAGGAAGCAUCGCACCAAGACGGCCACGUGCUUAACUGGCCGAUGCGGCACCUGAUCGCGCUCGGCGUGGCGCGGGGUCUCGCGUUCCUUCAUUCCGCCAACGUUGUCCACGGCGACGUGAAGCCACAGAACGUGUUGUUUGAUGCAGAUUUUGAACCACAUUUGUCUGAUUUUGGGCUGGAGCGGAUGACGGUGACGGCGGGGGCGGCGGCCGAGGCUGCGGCGUCGACGUCAUCCGCAGCGGCGGGGGUAGUUGGUUCGUUGGGGUACGUGGCGCCGGACGCUGCUGCGGCUGGACAGGCGACGAGGGAAGGGGAUGUGUUCAGCUUCGGGAUCGUUCUAUUGGAGCUACUUACGGGACGGCGGCCGGGGACGUUCACCGGGGAAGAGGAAGAGGAGGAUAUCGUGAAGUGGGUGAAAAGGCAGCUGCAGCGAGGCCAGAUUACGGAAUUACUGGAACCCGGAUUAUUGGAGCUCGAUCCCGAGUCUGCGGAGUGGGAAGAAUUUCUUCUUGGCAUCAAGGUCGGGCUGCUCUGCACCGCUCCCGGCCCAGCCGAGCGCCCCACCAUGGCCGACGUAGUAUUCAUGCUCGAAGGCUGCCGCGUCGGUCCCGACAUUCCAUCAUCCACCGAUCCAACCUCGCAGCCCUCUCCAUCUUAACUCCCCACCCCGCCGCCAAUCGCCGCCGGUGAUCCUCCCUCCCGCGGCCUUCUAUUUGUUUAUCUU